AAGAGGUAGCAAAGCUCAUAAUAAGAUAUUAGAAUAAAAAAAGAAGUGUUUGUGUGUAGACAAAAGGAGAUGUCUGUGGCGUUUGCGACGGCUCGGCCGAGGGGAAAGGGAGAGGUGACACAGCAGACCAUACAAAAGAUGCUGGAUGAGAAUCAUCACCUCAUUCAGUGUAUAAUGGACUACCAGAGUAAAGGGAAAACUGCAGAGUGCACACAAUAUCAGCAAAUAUUGCACAGAAACCUGGUCUAUCUUGCUACAAUAGCCGACUCCAAUCAAAACAUGCAGUCAUUGUUACCUGCUCCACCAACUCAGAAUAUGAACAUGGCCACAGGAGGGAUGGGGCAGACUACUGGCAACCAGUCCAUGCACUCCCAGAGUAAUCUCAAUGACAGCAUGGCUACAGGUCUCCCACCUACCUCCCAUAUGCAGGGGCAGAUGAGUAAUGGCCCCAGUCAUGCCUCAAUGCAGCCAUCAGGCCAGACAUCCGUUUCCUCUACCUCCCUGAGCAUGGCAGUCAGCAGCCACAGCUCGGCCACGGGGUACAGCCACCCAGUGUCGUCCUCGCAGGGCGCACAGAUGCAGAACCAGGGCCCGUCUGCAGCCAGCUACACCUCCCGCAGCAACCUCAACAUGCCACCCAAUCAAGUGACAAUGAUGCACCAACAGGCAGCAACAUCUCAUUACUCUUCAGCUCAAGCUGGGAAUCAGCACUACCAGGGGCAGCAGUCUAUUGGAAUGAUGGGACAGGGUAGCCAAGGAAAUAUGAUGGCACAGAGGCCUAUGGGAUCCUAUCGUCCAUCGCAACAAGGAACAGCACCGCAGUACAUGGGGCAGGAUGAGUUCUACGGGGAGCAGUAUGGGCACAGUCAAAGCUCCAGUGAGCCCAUUAACCAGCAGUAUUACCCUGAUGGUCAUGGGGACUACGGGUACCAGCAGUCUUCUUACAGCGAGCAGGGUUACGAAAGGUCCUUUGAUGAGUCUUCACAGCACUACUAUGAAGGAGGGAAUUCACAGUACAGCCAGCAGCAGGCCUCCUACCAGCAGGGUUCUAACCAGCAGCAGCCCUUCAGUCAGCAGCAGUACCCCAGCCAGCAGGGCUACAGUGGGCAACAGCAGGGCUAUGGUUCCUCACAGAGUGGCUCCUCCCAGUAUUCUGGCUACCAACAGGGACAACAGUAUGGCACCUACCGCUCAUCACAGGCUACCCCCAGUACCCAGGCACAAAGACCUUAUGGAUAUGAGCAGGGUCAGUAUGGGAACUACCAGCAAUAAGAUGCCAAGGCCUCAUCACCUCUUUGGCAAACUGAC